CUUAAAAGCAUUAUUCCCACUAGGAAAGCAAACAUGCCGCCUCUUGCAAUAUGUUUACAGCUAGCAAGCCUUAGAGUUCUUCCUACUUGUUGUCUAAAAUAGGAACUACAGGAAGAUGAAGCAAAGCAAAAAGUUUUUUUUUUCCUGUGUGUGGUUACUUGAAAUAAAGCUGCAAUCAGUCAUGAGAGUUCAACUCAUUUUAAAACUGGACUCCCGCCUGUGUUCUGAUCAUUUUGCACUGAUGGUUUUCAGCUUAGCUGAAAGAGAUAGAAAUUCCUUUGACUGGGACGCCUUUAGAGGGAUAUGAUUUCAGAUCCUUUUUCUCAAAACACUUCUGACCUCAGCCUUCUUGCGAAACUCAACUGUCCUGCUUUGAUGAUUGAUGAUGAUUCAGGAAGUGGUGUCUCUUACAACUAUGGAUAGAAGUAUUGGAUUCGGCACACUUGCAAAGAGUACCUUGGCCAAGGCUUUAUAUGACAACAAAGCUGAGUGUCCAGAAGAGCUGGCCUUUCGCAGAGGAGACAUCCUUACUGUUCUUGAACAGAAUAUAGUUGGGAGUGAAGGUUGGUGGAAAUGUUCACUUCAUGGGAAGCAGGGCUUGGCACCAGCCAAUCGCCUCCAGCUUCUUACUUUGUCAGAGGUUCCUUCCAUUGAGCAAGAUUUUCAAGGACUGCCAACCAACCAUUGGACUACCUACCAGGUUCCUUCAGUACAUGGAACUUCUGCACCAUUAUCUGUCUAUGAAAAAAUGGAUGGUUGGAUUACUCCACCUUCAUCUUCAUCUUCUACUUCCUUGUUGCCAACACAAGAAGGGUACCAAGGACCAGCUUUGGCUGCCAAGCUGCUCAGUGAAAAGACUGAGACUUCAUCAAAUCAGCACCUCUUCACUCUUCCGAGAGCUACUUGGGCAUCAGCCCCGGAAAAAAGAAAUGAUGUCUAUGACAUUCCAACAUCCCAGCAUUCUGGAUCCCUGCUGAUUCAGGGCCUUGCUACUCCACCAUUUUCUAGAAAGGACUCCAGAACAGUUCCUUUCAUGGAAUGGUGCCCAGAAAAGGUGCAGCAACUUUAUGAUAUCCCAUCAAAUCCUGAAAAGCCAAGAUUUUGCUCAUGGCAAGACUCUGCAGUGGAAGAUGUGUACGUCAUCCCAACAUCCUCAACUAAACCCAUUGCUAAUUCUACAGAAAAGCAUUACAAAACUUUACCAAAUCUUUGGAAAUCAGAAUGGAUCUAUGAUGUACCUGUGGCACCAGACAAAGCAAAAUUAAUACAAACUUCUCAGAAUCAUUCCUCACAGAAACAUGCACUUUAUGAUAUACCACCAAGCAGGUUUGAUUCUGAUGCACAAAAAUUAUCUCCAAUAAAUAAUAAAGGGAAAUCAGUAAAUCUAAAAUCAUAUAAUAUUCCACCUAUACAUAGGAAAUUAACUUGCCCAGAGCUUCCUCUUUAUGACAUACCAUCCAUCUGUGAUACGUUUGUGCAGCGUCCAGCUAGCAACUAUGAUGUUCCUUCCAAUGUUUUGUCUACCAGGACUGAAAAGGAGAGCCAGAAAUCGACUCAUUAUGAUAUUCCAAAAGGAACGCCUAUUGCUUUGGCACAACAGAAGGAAAAUAAUUACAAUUCAGGAGAUAACCCAUACAUUAUUCCUUUGCCAUCAUCCACAGAAUGCAAUGUGAACCAAGAUAGAUUGUCUGUUUCCAGUGAAAAUAGUAGGGCCAGCACCCUAUCCACAUUGUCAAGUUCUUCUACUGAGUCCUUUUCAUCAACGUUUUCGGAAGAAAUUGUCAAAGACACAACUAUGGAGCUUGAGUUGGCUAUAGACACCCUGACUAAACUGCAGCAUAGCGUAUCCAGUUCAGUUGCAAGUCUAAUGAUCUUUGUGAGCAGUAAGUGGCGAUACCAAGAAUAUUUAGAAGGAAACAUUGAGGAAAUCCACCGAGCAAUUGAUCACAUAAAAGUCUCUUUGGGAGAGUUUUUGAAAUUUGCUCAAACUAUUGAAAGAAUUGCAGCUUUGGGAUCAGAUACUAAGCUUCAAGCAAGAAUUAAAAAACAGCUGAAUAUUCUCUCAGAUUCCUUUCAGAUUCUGGUACAAACCAGAGAUGCUUUAAACAAAAGCAAGUGGUCACUUGAGAUUCUAGCUAUUAAGAAACCUCAGAGUAACCCAGAUAAUCUGGAUCAGUUUGUUAUGGUGGCUCGUACCCUUCCUGAAGACAUUAAGAGAUUCUCAUCUAUUAUUAUAGCUAAUGGGAAGCUACUUUUCAAAAAGAGCUGCAAAGAUAAAAACAGCAAAGAUUAUAAAGCUGGUGUAGAGCUUAAAAUGAAGAACUUCAGUCAUGAAAAACAAGGAGAAAAUAAUUCUGUUCUAAUAAGUAGUUUGGACAAAGCAAAAGAAAAUAAUCUGUCUUCAACAGAGACAAGUCUUUCUGUCCCUGAAGACUGCUCUACUCAUCCACAGAAACCAUUAGAAACGGAACACACACAGCCAACUUGCAAGACAAAGAAAAAUGAAGAAUUUAAAUUAAAGAGUUCUCCACCUACAACGAAAGAAAGGACUCUGAGUAAACAAGAUCCAGAUAACAGAAUGAUACUCUCCAACCUCUCCAGACUGUAUUUUGGAGCUGUUCAGAAAGCCAUUGGUGUUUUCCACAAAACUCUUAGUGAUAAUCAGACUCCAGAAAUCUUCAUAGCCAAGAGCAAGCUGAUCAUUAUGGUAGGCCAAAAGUUGGUGGAUACUUUGUGUCAGGAAGCCCUUGAAAAGUCCAACCGAAAUGAUGUCUUGCGUCGUAGCAGCACAUUUUGUGGCUUAUUGAAAAGCCUGGCAAUUGCAACCAAAAAUGCUGCAAUGAAAUAUCCAAGUCCUGAGGCAGUUAAAGAACUUCAGGAUCAAGCUGAUGAAUUAUCUCAAUUCACACAGCAAUUUCGAGAUACGAUGGAAUGAAGGACUACUGGAACAGUUCAAAAGACAAAUGUAGAUGUAAUGCUUGAACAGGAUAAAGUACAUCCAUGUGGAGGUGGAGAUGUAUGCCAACUUCGCUCUCUGUGUCUCUUAAUACAAUUCCAGCCAAUGUUGGGUGAGAGGCCUGCAAGAGUGUCUCCGCUCAAUGGUUAAACAUGAUUAAAUUCUUCCUCAUUGUCAAGAAUCCUGAUAUAGAGAUAUUUUGAGCAGAAGCCUUUAUUUGUAUCAGCUUGACAUUCAUCCUCAACAUCCAUACAGACAUCACUUGAACAUAGGUAGCUUGAGUUUAUGCAACUCUAUUCCUCUUUAAACUGUACAUUCUGUUGAGGCUAAAUGUUUCAUUAAGACUCUAAGCGUGUUCACAAAAACUGUGUCAAAUUUUUAGAUAUGAUAGGCCUUUUAUUACAAAGCAUGUGUGUUUGUCUGCUUGAAGAUAACAGUACUGUAGCAUUCUACCCCAUAGAGAUGUGGUGUGAAUAUAUACAUUUAAUAAAAACCUGACAGUCAAUUGCUAUGACAAGAUUAGGGCUGUUCAGAGGACUUGUUAUGAAUUGUUGCAAUGGUGGUCAAGCUAUUAGCCAUUCUUGAAACCAUCCACUUGGUGGGACAAACUCCUUAAGAUGGUGCAAAUGCUACUGUUAUUAACCAUGGUUUCAGGUGUAACAGUAUAGUAUGAAUUAUUUAUGCAGCAAAAAACAUGGUAAAGAAUAGAAAGUAUUCAACAGUCUUGUGAUUACUAA